AUGCCUGUGUCAAUUUUCUUGUCGGAUCCAAGCAACUGGACCACGCCACAUACAAAUUCACAAGGAGAACUUGUCAGCAUCUCCCAGCAUAGAGAAAGAACAGACGAUUCACAAUCUGAAGAAAUUAUAAAGAGGGGUAUUGAAGCACUUGGCAUCCUUUCAAGGAGACCUGAUGAUUUCCAUAAUGAUUUUGAAGAGAUCGGAUUGGGUAAAAUCGCUUUUAUACUUGAAGAGGAGAUAUUCCAAUUGACCACAACUACUGAAAAAGAAGGGGAGUCCGAAGUGAUAAGGGUUCUGAAAUGGGAUAAGAAAUGGGUAUAUCAUUCGUCCGCUCCUCCUUGUGAUAAUCCACAUUGUGCGGGAUAUACUUCUGACAGAUUACCAAGGCAAGAGUCAUGGGGUAGAUUCAUUCAAGAACAAAAUUACGAUAAUCAGAGCUGUAACACCGAAUGUGAUUUAUCGAAAAAAAUGGAACAAGAUCGGUAUAUUCCCAAGGAGCCGCAUAUACGAUGGACUUGUGGGAUAUGA